AAAGGGCAGCCUGAGAAAUGUUGGAAACUUAAUUUCAUGUUCAUGUGCCUUCAAUGCAAUAUUGAAGCAACGCUGGGAAAAUAGAUUUUGAGGACUGUGGAUUUUUGUGACCACGCUGCAGAAUCAUUGCAUUUUAUGCACGACUCAAUCAUCGCCCUGGUAAUGGGGGCAGCAAAGAUAUAUGAGACGUUCGUAGACUUCUACCACAAUACAGGACGCUACAUCCCAGAAAACAGACAUCUUCUUUGAUAUGUAUUAAUACAACACCUUUAUGACUUUUCCGUUAAAAAGAGAAUAUUUUAUCUUAAAAGAAUAUAAUUAAUGCAUUUUCGUGCACAGCAUUUGAGAUUAAUUGGUAAUCGCUGGCCUGUGAAGGAGCAAUGGAAGAGUGGGACAGUGUUGCAACAGUGGAGACAGCGUUCAGGAACAGUCUGGAGCCUCGACACUCGGUCAUGCCACACAUCACAGUGCAUCAGGCACUGGUGUUUUUCCAGGCACAUGUCCUGUCAGUACAGUUGACAGAGGUGCGAGGCAGUGUGGAGCCCCGGGGUCUGUGCACCCUGCUGUCGUGUCUGCUUGGCCCACCGGAACUUCAUGACCACCUGAUGGCAGAACGAGAUCUUGUGUUUGCAAUUGCCCAGUGCAAGCUGGACAUGUCUGAGCCGGUGCACCUACGUAUGCUGCGGACUGUGUAUCGGCGACUGACAGGCGCGCAGGUCGACUGUCCACGCUAUGGAUCACACUGGGAGCACAUCGGCUUUCAGGGCACGGACCCUGGGACGGAUUUGCGCGGCGUGGGAAUGCUGGGCCUUCUGCAGCUUCUGUACCUGUCUAACAGCCCGCAUCUCUUCCCGCUGGCCCGCGACAUCUACAGGGUGUCGGCGGAUGACCGGCAAAACUUUCCGCUCGCCGCGAUGAGCCUGAACAUGACUCGCAUCGCCCUUCAGGCCCUUCGCCACGGCGAGCUGAACAGGGAGUGCAAUCACCACCAGCUGGUGAUGGAGGUGGUGAAUCAGUUCUAUGCAGCUGUGUUUCACCACACACUGCACAUCUGGACUUCACAGCAUAAGACCAUCAGGGACUCUGGAUAUGUUCUGAAAGAUGUGGAGUUCUAUUGUCGUGGAAAUGUGCGUGCUGUGUUGCGGGACCUGCGGGAGCAGCUCGCGUCAUACGCGUCGGCCCGUUCCUGUGACAAGCCGUGCCUCCCUGGCAGCUUCCAGGAUCUGCUCACUCAAGCGAAAACAGAAGUGUUCAUAUAGGAAAGCGAGAAUGUACGUUGUGUUGUGCGGAAAGGCCUAUGAAGUGAUAAGCCUUGCAGCUUUGUAGGUAACUAAGAAACAUGUGAUGCGAGAUUUGCUCAUCUCUGAAAGAGGCCGUGCAGACCUUCGGCCACGUAACGCCGGUGAUAUAGCUCAAGUUUUUGACGGUGGAUGAAGUAAGUGCUCAAAUUAUAUUCAUCAUGGUUGCGUGUUGUGGGGUCGUGUUAAGCAGGGUAGUGUCUGGGGACGUUUUUGGCCGCUGGUUCUGUUUGCGGCGCGUCUUAGCACCUAGAGAAGUAUUUAUAAGAUUAGAUUUACGCGUCUCUUGGCUGCGUCUUAAAAUUUAGCUGCAAAUCUAGCAAUCUCAUUUUCAAACACUGAAAUUUGCGGGUAGAAUCAGCGCUUCUGUUUUCCUGGUCUAUGAGACUCGGCGUUCCAGGAUAUGAAAGUGACAUAAACCAGUCUGAGAGCGAGAAGACGUCUGAGGUGGGUUCGAUUCCUUCCAGUGUUGGUUAGGAGGCCAGAGAUUGACGGUGAUCACUCAUUUAUGUCUGUUCUGGAUGGAUAUUUCUGUUCAAAGCUGGGACCACGUGUGUUUAAUAAAGUAGAAAAGACCGUAGAAUUUAAGAACUCUACUGUGUAAUGUAAGAAUAUUUCCGUGCUUUUAAUCUAUGUACAAGGGGGGAAAAGAAAACUGUAAGGUGCAAGCAUUGAAUGAACGCUUUGUUCUGCAGGCAGCUUAGUGACUGUGGUCAUACAGUUGGCAGUCCCUGCUAAUUUUUCAAACUUUUUUUUUCAGACUGUUGGAAAGAAAAUAGUCUGCGUUUAGUUGGAUGGCGAUGCCGUGUCAACCGCAGAAAAUAUUUAGAGCGCGAUAGAUGAGAGGAUGCAUUGUGCAGUCAGACCCAUGGGAAGGUACAGUCGGAGGAAAAUCGCGCGAGGUUUGAGCUGUGCGUAGGGAUGGACGAAUGAACCACACAAACUGGUGAGACCACAAACUGAACUGGUGUGCUGGUAGGAACAGUGAGGUGGGGCCUGCCUUAUGAUGAUGUCAUUUUUGGAUUUAGUUGCCAAUCACAUGAUUCCUGUAAAGAUUGCACAGGACAUUUAUUCCAUCUCGUCAGUGUUUACAUAUUUCUGCUCUCAGAACUUGUCAUUUAAAAAAGAAAUCACUUUUCAAAAGUGAAGAAUGUAGCCGCUGCCCUGACAAGAUGCGGUCCGUUAAUAAUGCAGAGAGAAAAGACGUAAACAUGUAACAGCUUCAAAAGUCACUUUUUACCUAAGAUAUUAACUUAUACAUUUAUUUUUCCGUGGAGUUUUCUCCAAAACAAAAAUCACUGUCGCUGUUGCCCGUCCGCAUCACGUUACCAUGCCGGAGCAGCUCUCCUCUUCGAUGGUAACCAUAGUAACAGCGCCUCAUGUCACUGAAAAGUUUAUUUGCUCAAAAUAUUCAAAUGUGCAGAUUUACUGUUCUAAUUAAAGUCUUUGCUUUGGACAUCCGCGAAAAAACGCGUCACCAUUCUGCGGCUCUUUCCGACGCGUUUGAAGUAGACAGUAUUCACGCUUGUUUAUGCGCUGUUGUCUUCAGAUGGCAGCACUGUCGAAUUAUUAUGGGUGCAGUGUCGGUGUCUGGAAAUGAAAAGGUUGUGAUUCUGCAUUUAGACAAUCAAAGUUCACUAAUUCUGCGAGACUUUGGGAAAUAUAUCACAGCAAAAGAUGGGCCAGGCACCCCAAAUGAUGGUACCUUUUUGGCUGUUGCCAGCGUAUCCACUGCGCAGUUGGUGCCAUGACACUGCUAAAUCUAAUUACUUGUGUGCAAUUAAGGACUGGUCUGUUCUUCAUUGCACUGAAAAAUAAAAUUGCUUAUGUAAUUGGUGGCA